AUGGGUUGUUGUGUCAGCUGUGAAGCUUCUUCGAUUUCAAAAAAAGAUGAGCUGGUGAAAGCGGGAUCUAAUGGGCCUUCAAAGUUGAAAGCUUUCAGUCACGAGAGUAGAGCGCCUCCACCGUCGGUGGAGGAAGAAACCGUAAAAGAAGUUCUCUCCGAAACGCCCAAACCCAAACCUAAACCCGACCCCAAUUUCACCACCAACGUUACACAAGAAGCUCACGAAAACAACUUUCUCACUCAGAAACCAGCAGUCUUCACCAAGAUCCAAGAAAAUCACCAGCUUCAACUACAUGAGAACAAGAACUUGGUGAAAAAGCAAGAGUUGAAGAAUGUGAAUGAAGAGAAUAUGUCUGAAGUUUGUGAAGUUUGUAGCUUGAGCUUGAGCGAGAGCAUUUCGACUGCUACAAAUAUCACCGAUGGAAGAGACGAUGAAGAAGAUCAACAAGUGAUGAAACGACACCGAAUGACGAACAGUAGAUCUCCAGCGAAGUUGGCACCGCAGAGGAGCCGAGAUUUCGGGGUCAAAAGAAACCGGGUUGUGACUCAAUCACCCACCCGAAAAUUCGACCAAUCACCAGGUAAAAGAAACCCGACCGGGUCAAUGAGGUUGGUCCAGAGUAGCAGAGACGAACCGGGUCGGGUUCCAAAUCAAUCAAUCGGAAGAGGAAGAAGAGACCCGGGUGAAAGCUCCGGAAGAAGGUCCAGAUCACCGGCUGCAACUAGAUCUGCAGCAAUGGGUCGGAGCCCAUCUGGAAGAAGAACAGGCCAGUCUCCGGGUCGGGCCAAGAGUGAAUCGGUUCAAAAUGGUGGCCUUAAUAGCAGAAAAAUUGAAAGCCCUAGUAAAAUGGAGCACAGGCGGCCAAGUAAUAAUAAUAACAGCAAAAGUAAUACUAAUUCAAGAACAAAAGAGUCACUUGAAAAUCCACUUGUCUCCUUAGAAUGCUUCAUUUUUCUAUAA